GCCCGGAAGCGGCGGCGGGGAUGGAGGCCAUGGAGCCGCUGUGGGCGCUGCUGGACGAGGUGGCCCUAGAGGGGCUGGACGGCAUCACCGCGGCCGCGCUCUGGCAGCGCCUGGCCGCCCGCUCGCCGCCCUUCCCGCUGCCGCUGGAGCCCGACACGCAGCAGCUGCUCUGGGCCGCGCUCAGCGCCCAGCCCGACGUGCGCUUCUACCUCCUGCCCCGGCCGCGCCCGCCGCUCCGCCUGCACGACCGAUAUGAAGAAAUAGACCUUGAGACAGGAAUAUUGGAAACCAAAAGAGAUCCUGUUUCUUCAGAUGAUAUUUAUCCUAUCCACAUGAUUUUGGAUAACAAAGAUGGCAUACAAGGUUCCUGCCAGUAUUUUAAAGAGAGAGUAGACAUCACUGAUCAAAUAAGGAAGAUGGAUUUGCAGCCUUGUUAUACUUACAAAGAAGCUGUUGAAAAGUGGGGAGAGAAAUUAGUCAUUGUUGCUUCCCAGGAGCAGCGUUACAGAGCCUUGAUAGGCUGGGAGGGGGACCCUGACCUGAAACUCCCUGACUUUUCCUACUGCAUCCUGGAGCGUCUGGGCCGAGCUCGCUGGCAGGGAGAGCUGCAGAGGGACCUUCACAGUGGGGCUUUCAAAGUGGAUGCUGGAAAGCUCCAUUACCACAGGAGGGUGUUGGACAGAUGUGGUCUGAUAACGAUGCAGUCCCACGUCAUCCGGCUGCCAAGCGGGGCACAGCAGUACUCAAUUCUGCUCCUCCUGACUCGCUUCCAUGUUGAUAGGAGAAGCAAAUAUGAUAUUCUGAUGGAGAAGCUCUCAAGUAUGCUAAGUGCUCGUUCAAACCAGAUGGAAACAUUAGGAAACUUGAGGGAAGAAUUGGGCCUUUGUGAGAGAACCUUCAAACGUCUCUAUCAGUACAUGAUGAAUGCUGGCCUGGCCAAGGUUGUGUCUGUCCCCUUGCAAGACAUAAAUCCCAGUGGAGGACCCUGCAAGACAAAGAAAGGGACUGAUGUCAUGGUCCGUUGCCUUAAACUGCUGAAGGAAUUUCGGAAGAAAAUGGAAGAUUAUCAUGAUGAUGAUGAAGAGAUCAUCACAAAAGUUGUUCAGCCUGUGGAUAUUGUUUGUGAAAGGGAUAUGCUCACUCAGGCUUAUCAGUUAAUUGAAAGUAGAGGAACCAAAGGUAUUUCUCAGGCUGAACUUCGCCUGGCUAUGAAUGUGGGGAAGCUGGAAGCCAGGAUGCUCUGUCGUCUUCUGGAGAGGUACAAAGUUGUCAAGGGUUUUAUGGAGGAUGAAGGUCGGCAAAGGACGACAAAGUACAUUUCCUACAUUUUUGCAGAGGAGAGUGAUUUGAAUCGUCAGUUUGAGAGGGAGAAGGCCAGGAGUGAGCAGCUGGCUACAGUUACUUUGGCUCUGGUGCCAGAAGAUUCCCCACCUGUGGAAGAUGCAUCUCCUGGUGAAGAGGAGGCUGUGGCCUCAGAGUCUGACAAUGAAGAAGAAGGGAAGGACAGGAAGAAGAGAGGAAAAGGUCAAAAAGCCAACUCUGGUUCUCCAGUGAAAUCACGUGUCCAAGAUGAUGGCCAGCAGACACCACCAGCCAAAGGCUCAAAGCCAACAACUGUGAAGUCUCAGGGAAAGAAGCAGCCUUCUCCUCAAAUUCUUGAAGAUCCUGAGGAGCUCCCAGACAACAUUUCAGGGGAUAGCUCUACUUUGGGAACUCUAAAUCAGGAGUCCAGUGUUUCUACCUGUGCUCAUCCCACGGAUGAAGAUGGAGAUGUGGCUGAGGUGGAGGAAGUCAGACUUGAAGAUCCUAAGGUUUCCAAAAGUGACAGUGGAUUGGAGGUGACAGUGCCACCUCUCCAUGACACUGGACAAACUAACAGUCUAUCAAAUUUCUCCUCUUCCAUAAAAGAAUGCAAAACAAAGCCCUGUGGCCCCAGGAAGGAGAAGCGCUGCAAGGUGGCGGCGCUGGAGAGGCCCCACGAGACCUACAGGCUGCUGAAGCGCCGCAACCUCAUCGUGGAGGCCGUGAGGAACCUGCGCCUCAUCGAGAGCAUCUUCACACUUCAGAAGAUGGUGAUGGAUCAAGAGAAGCAAGAAGGUGUCUCCACCAAGUGCUGCAAGAAGUCCAUCGUGCGGCUGGUGCAGAGGCUGGCACGGGAGGGGCUCCUCAGGCUCUACCGCACCACAGUCAUCCAGGAUGGCAUCAGCAAAAAGGUGGAGUUUGUUGUGCACCCCUCAGUGAGUCCCAGUGAUCCCCUGGUGAAAAGCGCCAUCGAGCAGGUGCGGUUCCGCAUCUCCAACUCCAGCACUGCAAACAGGAUUAAAGUCCCCCAGACACCAACAUCCCAGGACCAUGGUGAGGAGGAAAACCAGGGACAAGAGGCAGUUCCUGACUCAGGAAAUAUGCAAGAAAGCUCAUGCAAAGCUGAUAAUAGUCGGACAGGAAAAACUGAUGAUAAAAUGGGCAUAGCACAGCUAAAGAACUAUCAUCCUGUUACAGUUCCAGGACUUGGACGUUCUCUCGGCUUUCUUCCAAAAAUGCCCCGUUUAAGAAUGGUCCACAUGUUCCUCUGGUACUUAAUUUAUGGACACCCUUUAAAUGAAACACGGUGGAAAGGGGGAAGUGAUGGUGAGAAAACAAAAGGGCUGGAUGAGAAUGCAGCUGUAAUUGAAGCACAACCAGAUGGCACCUUAGAAAUUGUGACAACUGUGGUGAAUCCUGAGAGCGCUGCACAGGAGACUGAAGUAGAUCUGUCUAAUCAAACAGUGUACGUGGAUGACUCCUCCUGGAUGCGUUACAUCCCUCCCCUGCCUGUGCACAGGGAGUUUGGCUUUGGAUGGGCUCUGGUCAGUGACAUCCUCCUCUGCUUGCCUCUCUCAGUCUUUGUUCAGAUUGUUCAAGUCAGCUACAAGGUGGAAGGUCUGGAAGAUUUUUUAAAUGAUCCGCUAAAAAAGCACACUCUGAUCAGAUUUCUUCCAAGGCCAGUCCGACAGCAGCUCCUCUACAAAAGGAGGUACAUCUUCUCAGUGGUAGAAAACCUUCAGAGAUUAUGUUACAUGGGACUGCUGCAGUUUGGCCCAACAGAGAAGUUUCAAGACAAAGACCAGGUGUUUGUGUACAUGAAGAGAAAUGCUGUGAUUGUGGACACCACCAUCUGUGACCUGCACUACAACCUGGCACAGAGCAGCCGCCCCUUCGAGCGGCGCUGCUACAUCCUCAACACCCUGCAGGACGUGGAGAACUUCUGGUUUGAUCUGCAGUGUGUCUGCCUGAACACACCCCUGGGAGUUGUCCGCUGUCCUCGGACAAAGAGGAGCAACCUUGCAGGGGAGGAGAGUGCCCUGGAUGUGGAGAAGGAGCAGGAGUCAGCAGUGAACAAACACAACCUGGAAAGAAAGUGUGCCAUGCUGGAAUACACCACAGGCAGCAGAGAGGUGGUUGAUGAUGGAUCCAUCCCUGGAGAUGGGCUGGGAGCUGCAGGUCUGGAUUCCAGCUUUUAUGGGCAUCUGAAACGCAACUGGAUCUGGACAAGCUACAUCAUCAACAAGACCAGGAAGGAAAAUACAGUUCCUGAAAAUGGGCUGACAGCAAGACUCCCAACCUUCCUCACCAAACACUCCCUGCCACUCAGUACUGGAGGUAACAAAAUUAAUAUUUUGGGAGAAGCAAAGGUCGGAUCAGAGUCACUUUUCCAGAAAGAGGAAUGUAUUGAAAUUACUAAAGAACCAACCCAGGAUCGAACGAAACGAGUGAGAGGUGGAAAAAGCCAAAAGAGGAAGAGGCUUAAGAAAGAUGUUGGAAAGAAGACAAAGAAGAAAAAGAAAGAAGAGGAUUCUGCAGACAAAAGCAAACGGCUGCGCUACCACGACAAGGCUGACCAGAGCGCCCUGCUGAGGAUGACGCGGCUGCGCGUGACCUGGACGGUGCAGGAGGACAGCCUGCUCAUGCUCUGCAGGAUUGCCAGCCACGUGCUCAAUGCCAAGGUGAAAGGGCCCUUUGUGCCCUGGCAGGUGGUGAGGGACCUGAUGCACUCCAGCUUCGAGGAGUCCCUGGAUAAAACCUCCCAUUCCGUGGGACGCAGAGCCCGCUACAUUGUCAGAAACCCACAGACCUACCUCAAUUACAAAGUUUGCCUUGCUGAGGUUUACCAGGAUAAAGCCCUCAUUGAUGAUUUCAUGAAUAGAGAAAAUAAUUAUGAAGAUCCACAGGUUUGUGCAAAUGAGUUUAAAGAGUUUGUGGAGAGACUGAAAGAGAAAUUCAGUUCAACCCUGGGGAACCCCAAACUGGAGAUUCCUGACACUCUGGAGGAACUCUUUGCCAGAUUUCGAGUGCUGGCAAUUGGAGAAGACACAAAUCAAGGCACAAAAGAGGAUAACCUGAGCAGUAUUUAUGAUAUUCAUUUUCUGGUGCUGCAGAAUCUGAUUCAAAGCACCCUGGCACUCUCAGAUCACCAGAUGGAAUCUUGCCAGUCAUUUCAGACGUUCAGGCUGUACCAGGAGUACCGGGAUGACAUCCUGGUGAAGGCUUUCCUGGAGUGCCAGAGGAGGAGUCUGGUCAACCGCCGCAGGGUCAGCCACACGCUGGGGCCCAAGAAGAGCCGCGCGCUGCCCUUCGUGCCCAUGUCCUACCAGCUGUCCCAGAGCUACUACAGAGUUUUUACCUGGCGCUUCCCCAGUACCAUUUGUACAGAGUCCUUCCAGUUCCUGGAGAAGCUCAAGGAUGCUGAAAAAUCAGACCAGCCACACAAUUUCUCAUUUAAAGAUGAAGAAAAUGCAUCAUCAGAAGGCAUGGUGGCAUUUCCCAUGGAUGGCCCUGGUGGCCAGUGUGUGGCCAUGCUCUCCCUGUUCUCCCUGGGACUGGUGGCUGUGAAUGUGAGAAUCCCAGAGCAGAUCAUUGUAGUGGACAGCUCCAUGGUGGAAAAUGAAGUGAUAAAAAGCUUGGGAAAAGAAGGACUGGAGGAUGAGGAUGAUGAGGAUGAUGACUUGGAUGAGAGCUCUGGAGGCAAACGCAGGAUCGAAGUGAAGCCUCGCCAGGCCUCGCACACCAAUUAUUUACUGAUGAGAGGCUACUACUGCCCUGGCAUCGUCAGCACUCGCAACCUGAGCCCCAGUGACAACAUCGUGGUCAACUCCUGCCAGGUGAAGGUCAGGCUCAGAUGUACCCCCAUCCCAGGAAGGCUCAGCUCUCCAGUUCCUUCCCUGCUGGAUCACAUGGCUGUGGGCAUCUCCUGCCUCCCUGAAACUUUCACCAGGCUGAUAAAAAUCCAGGAAGAAAACUAUGAUGUGAAUAAGUUUCUCCACGAGUGUACGGAGCGUUAUGGGUACAGCCCUGGGGAUGUGGCAGCUGCUCUGGAGAUCAGGAAGGCCAUAGAGGCCACUUCCCACUUUGGGAUUUGCAAAGCUGAGCUCAGCAAACGUUUCUGCAGCUAUGAACAGGUGGAAGCUGAACGCAGCAGGAGCUUGGAGCAGUACAUCCAGGACCUCAUUGAAAUGCAGCAGGUUUUAGAAGUAGGAGGCCACACUGUCAGGCUGGUGGCAGUAGUGUUUGCCAAGCCCUGGCUGCUGCGCUCAGUGUGCCUGAAGAACAAAGCAGAGGAUGCUGAGCAGCCAGGGGCAGAGCCUGCUCUCCCAGAUGUGCCACAGGAACAGCUGCCCUCGGAGCCAGGGAAGGGACAGGAGUGUCUGGGAGAGGAGCAGCAGCUGGGGAAAGACACACAGUGUGCCAGUGAUGAUGAGCCCCCGAGGAAGAGAUGUAAGACUGAAGUCCUUCAGGGUGACAGUCACCUCUGCCAGGGUGCUCUGGCACGUGCAGAUGGCAGGAACUUGGAUGCAGCUGUUUCUGAGCCUGCCUCAGGGGAGGAAGCUGUUACUGGGGGUGAAGAAGCUCCAAGAGGAGGCUCCCUGGAGCCCCCAGCUGAACUCCCAGAGCCUGCUCCAGGGGCUGGGGAUGUGGACAUUUACAAGGAACAAGAUAAAUCUCAUUCUGAGGACAAAGAACCCGAAGUAGAGAACAAUGAGCUGAGCACUGAGCACAGCAAGCAGAUCCCUGUCCCUGAACAAUCAGCCAGUGAGCAGGAUGAUGAUCUUUCCUGCUUCCAGGAGAACCCAGGAGCCUCUAAAGGAAGCUCCAUGACAGAUGUCUCCCAGGCAGCCAGGGACCGGGCCUGUGAGAGCGUUUCCUUCAUCGGGAGGCCGUGGAGGAUCGUGGAUGGGAAGCUGAACAAGCCGGUGUGCAAGGGGAUGAUGGAGGCCGUGCUCUACCACGUGAUGAGCAAGCCGGGCGUGCCGCAGGCGGCGCUGCUGCAGCACUACAGCGGCGUGCUGCAGCCCGUGGCCGUGCUGGAGAUCCUGCAGGGUCUGGAAACUCUUGGUUGCAUCAGACGAUUCUACAUGAAAAAGCCAUCCCCCGUGUCACUCUUUUCUCAGCCAGUUGUGGAAGAACAACUACAGAAUCCCAAACUGAGUGAAAGCCCAACCAUCUACUACGAGCCCACGAUAGACUGUACUCUCAGGCUGGGGAGAGUGUUCCCCUGCGACAUGAAUUGGAAUAAAUGGGUACAGAUUAUCCCUGGAUAGAAGGGGUCAUAGGAAAUUGGCUUAGCCUGUGGGAGGGAGCGUUCAUGGAGAUUAAAUGUUUCAAUUUGUGCUCCAUCGUGUUUUUAUUAAGUUAUUUAUCAUUUUUACUUCUGAAUGUAUUUAAACUGAGAAUAAAGCUUGAUGUUAAAACACAA